ACGCAACAGGACGCACAUGAGUUACUUGUCAAUAUGCUGUGCCAGCUGAAGGAGGAGGGCAUGAUUCUGAAGACACUCGGGAUGAACUAUACCUGCCCUGUUUCCCAGCUGGAGUUCCAGCUUGUGUCGGUGCGCACAUGUACCAGCUGUGGGUGCGAGUCGUCUACCAGAGAGGACUACAACCACCUCUCAUUGGACUUCAGCCCUGAGCGCACCUUGCUGAACAGCCUAGCACUCACUUUCAAAAGUGAACAGGUUGAAUUCACAUGUGAGGGCUGUAAAGGCCUCCACGCCUCAAAGGUGGAGCAGUUCCACUCACUGCCUCUUGUGCUGGUUCUGCAUCUGAAGAGGUUUGGGGGACCUGGGGGGUUGGAGAAGCUGGAGGCUCCUCUUUUGUUUCCUUCGGAGCUGAGGCUCUCCACCCUCUGUGGGGACAUGGUGCCACACCUGCACAGUGCCAGCCCACAGGCCCUCACCCACCAGGUCCCCAGCAUUCAGGGGUCCAUCCCCCAGACCCUCGCCAGCCAAGUCUCCAGCCCACCUGGAGAGGCCAAAGACAGCGCCCUCUGCUGUUCAGAAGCAGAAGCCAGUACAGUCAGUGAAUGGUUAAUACGAGCUGACUGGCGUAGUCUCUCAUUUGGGAGGCUCCGCAAACUCCGGGCAAUAGAGCGGGAGGCCCCAGCACACAGGGCCUAACAGGGCCACCAGCAUCAGCCCCAGCCUAAACAGGGGUAGCACCUGGACCAGCCUCCAAACACUCAGACCUGUCUCAACAGGGGUAGUACCAGGCCCAGCCUCAAAACCCACAGCCCAGCCUCAACACUCACACACCUGCUUCGAAAGGGGUAGCAUUUGGCCCAACAUCAAUAACCCCGAGCCCAGCCACA